CUUUGGUUCUGAGUAUUAUGAGGCAGGAGGACAGUUUUUGAUUUCUUUUCACUGGAAGAAAUUCAGCUCCAGGCCGCUUCAGUCCGGUUUCUGGUUCGUUUCCCUGCUGCCGCAGACUCAACAUGGCUCAAAAGAAAAACACGAAACAGGGCAUGAAAUUAAAAGAGGGCAAUAAAACCCAGUCAGCCAGUAAGAAUGGGAAGAAGGCUGACUCCAAGCCCAGUGGAACCAGUUUCUUCACCUGGUUCAUCGUGCUGGCCCUGCUGGGUGUGUGGACAUCUGUAGCUGUGGUCUACUUUGACUUGGUGGACUAUCAAGGAGUUCUUGACAAGGCUAAGGGCCUGCAAAUUAACCUGUCUGAGACGCUGCAAGGUAAACUGGUGGCCUACGAUACAGACGGCGAUGGUGAUUUCGAUGUGGAGGAUGCUAAAGUUCUGCUAGGACUGAAAGAGAGGUCUGUGGUGGCCGCCUCCCACAGCGAGGAGGCUGCUGACCCCGUGGAGGCCGAAGAACCCGAACCAACACCAGAAGCUGUGGUGGAGCCCGACCCCGUCCCUCUGGAGGAAGUGGUGGAGGAAGUGAUGGAAGCUGCUGUGGCAGAGGAAGCUGCUGCACCACCACCAGAGCCUGAACCUGAAGCAGCUGUUGAACCUGAGGUGUUGGCAUCUGAGCCUGAACCAGAGCCUGAACCAGAGCCUGAACCAGAGCCCGUGGAGAGUCCUGAGGUGAUCGAGGAGGAUCCAGAGGUGCUGGAGGAGGAGCUUCCUGCUGCAGAGGAGGAGGCACCUGUUGAGGAGACCGUGGAGGAGGUUGCUCCUUCUGAGGAGAUGGCGGCAGAUGAGCCGAGAGAAGUUGAAGCUGUCUCUGAUGUUGUAGAGGAGACCGAGGAGGGAGCUGAGGCUGCUGAGGAAGAGGCUGCUCCUGCAGAAGAACCUGCAGAGGAGGAGGCUGCUCCUGCAGAAGAACGUGCAGAGGAGGAGGCUGCUCCUGCAGAAGAACCUGCAGAGGAAGAGGCUGUUCCUGCAGAAGAACCUGCAGAGGAAGAGGCUGUUCCUGCAGAAGAACCUGCAGAGGAAGAGGCUGUUCCUGCAGAAGAACCUGCAGAGGAAGAGGCUGUUCCUGCAGAAGAACCUGCAGAGGAGGAGGCUAUUCCUGCAGAAGAACCUGAAGAGGAGGCUGCUCCUGCAGAAGAACCUGAAGAGGAGGAGGCUGCUCCUGCAGAAGAACCUGAAGAGGAGGAGGCUGCAGAAGAAGUUGUGGAGGAUAUAGCAGAGGAAGAGGAGGAAGGUCCUUCAGAAGAGCCUGGGGAGGAGCUUACUGAAGAGGAAGCAGGCACUGAAGAAACUGUUGAGGAAGCAGAAGAAGCUGCUGAGGAGGAGGCACCCUCAGAGGAACCUGCUUUAGAAGAGGAGGAGACUCCUUCAGAAGCAGCUGAGGAAGAGGAAGCCCCUACAGAGGAGGAGUUGGAGGAGGCAAUUCAACAAGAAGAUGUAGAAGAGCAAGUCGUAACAGAUACAGAAGAGGAGGUCAGACAAAAGUUGGAGGAGGCAGCAGAGGAAGCUGAGUUUGUUGAACCAGAGGAACAGAUUCACGAUGAACCCAAAGAAACGUAGAGGCAGCGGCAGUCCCUGUGGUGAUGGAGCAGAGACCCCCCCUGAUUGCAGCAUCGGCACCACCCGGGCUCAUGCUAAACCACAAUGCAUCUCUCCACCUCCAUAGAAAUGACUGAGUCGUCAUGACAACACCCCUCAUCCUUCUUCCCCUCCCUCCAUGUUUAUUUUUCUUUUCACACUCUUAAUUUUUUCUCUUAGUGAAAUUUGAAGAAUUGUUUAGUAACACGGUACUACUUUGGUCUUCCCUUGGUUUCUUAAACUUCUCUUUUUGUUUUUUGCAUUGAGUCUUUUCUCUUCUUAAAGCAGAUUUUUUUUUUCUUUUUCAUUUUUAGGGUGUUUUUUUAUUCCUUGAGUGUGUUUGUUGCCAGAUUUCCAGGCAUGUCGAGGAGUGUAUCCAGCAGUCUGGAGCUUUGGCCUGCGAUUCUCCUUCAUCAUGUUUGGUUUUCUGGAUUCUGCUGCCAGUCGUAGACAUUCAGGACAGAAGGAAAACAGCAGUUGUUUCCUAGCGCUCUGAGAAGAAUCAGACUUUUAAAGGCUGGACAACAAAUCUGAGCAUCAAACUUCUUUCUGUGUCGUUCAGAUCACGUCUGCCCUUCGUUAGAGCGCCAUUGGAAAAUGUGGAGAUGUUCCACUGUGGUCCUUCUGUAGAUUCUAUGCAACGGUGCAGCCAGCUAACCUACCACUCAGUAUGUGUGGACUCCAGGAUGAGCCAUGAACUCAGUAAAUGCUGUAUGUGUUUGACGAGUGUUUCACUAAUCAGUCCUCUCUUUGAGCCGUAGAUGUCAAGAUGUAGUUUCAGACUGUGUUUAACUCUUAAUCUUACAACUUUUUGAGUGUGUGUAAUUUCCUAGCUGUUUUUUUCCUAUGAUUCUGAGGCCAUGGAGUGAAGUUGAACUUAAACCUUCAACUGUUUGAGUUUGAACUGUGAUGUAAAUGAAGACACCGUGGACACUCAGAUGUUUUUUGGUUUUUAUUUUUGUUUUUUUUUUUUACAAAAACUGCUGCAGACAGCAGUAGCAGGUCUGUUGGAGGAAAUCCAGAUCAGAUGUAUUCCUGUGGAAAUCCAACCAGAACUUGCUGGUUAAAAUGUGGAACUUUACUGCCUCAUUUUUUCGUAAAGGGAAACAGAGAAACACCUUUAUGCUUCUUCUUUCUCACCACUCCCCUUUUAUUUGGAGACAUUGGAACUGAGCUUGACGUUUGUGUGUCUGAUUAAAUGAAGGAUCCUCAGCAGUGGGGCUCCUUUAGGCACAAAAGUCUUUAAAAUGCAAUUUAGAUAAUUUUAUUUUAGAUCUUGUUUUCAUGGUCAGAUCUGCAGAUAAAUACGUGCACAUCACCAUGAAGUGAAGGAGAUCUGACAGACGUGUGGAAACAACGUUGAUGCAUCAUUUUUAGUCGUAAAUGUCCCAUUUUGUGUCCGUGGUCCUUUAGUACCCUAACUAUCUCACCAUUAAGGACGUAAGACAUUCCAGUGGCGUGGAGUUGCUGUUUCUGUUUGUCCUGUAACACUAGCCGGUCUUUUCUACUUCCUAACACUUUGUACAUCUGUGUGACCUGUAACACCUUUUUAACAUUGAAGAUUACAAUCUUUACCAAGAGAGAGCUUCUAGAUUUUUAAAAGAAAUGUUUAUUUAAAAUAAAGACAAAAGAAGUUAGAGAAAAAAAAAAUCUAAUUUUCCAAAAAUGCUUUAAUAAGCUUUUUAAGAAGCCAUAAGCUGUUUGACAGGCUGGUUAAAGGGGCUGCACAACAUCCGGACAAACUUGUGUUAUAGCAGAAAAAUGUAGAGCAAUAAAAGGAAAAGGCAGCCGAGCGACAGGAAGGAAAUCAUGCAGGACAUCUGGGGUGGGACACAUCAGGAAAAGAUGGACGACUUUCUGCCUCACAGGUUCUAUCUUCAGUUUGCAGGCCAAAGGCUGGACGCUAAGUGUGCUGAUUAAAAUAUGAUGUAUUGGUGAAAUGUUUGAGAUUUUAAGUGGCAAAGUUUUCUGUAAAGAUCUGGGAACUGCAAUAAAAUUAUUGGGAAAACACAA